UUACUAGCUCGCGCAUCUCAGAAUAUCCAAAUUUCUAUAGAGUACAGAUCGGAGGAGAGGAGUAAUGUUUUGUUGCUGAUUUAGCCGGAUAUGUGCAUGUUAAAAGUAUUAUAGCAACGUAUUUGUAAAGCAACAAAAUGGAGAAAGUAUUAACCACACUGAAUGCUAAAAUUAUAGUAGCAGGCAACCAUCGUGAACUCACAGAUAGGUAUAAGAAACUUAAGACUGACCAGGAACGUGUAAUAUUUACUCUCAAUAUUAUGUUGGAGUACGAUAUAGUUCCUAAUGCGAUUGGUAUGCCAAAAAGUGCCAAAGAAUCUGAAAAGCUGCGAGAGGAGGGCAAUAAAGUUUUUGUUAAAGGUGCUUUUAAUAAUAUUACUUGCGUCGAUGCACUGAAAUUGUACGCGAAGGCGGUAGCCUUUGCGCCUUAUCCAUCCGAGCAACUUGCUCUAGCUUAUGCCAAUAGGUCAGCGGUAUUGUUUCAACUGGGCCUGCAUACAGAGUGUAUUCAGGACAUUGACAGAGCACUGGCCUUAAAUUAUCCCGAUAACCUGAGGGCGAAGCUUUACAUACGUAAAACGGAAUGUUUAAUAAUUUUGGGAAAUCGUUCUGUAGAGGAUGUACUCGAAGAGGCGCGACAUUGGCUGGACAAAAUGUCCCUGAACGAUUCCAGUCGGGAAAAGUUGCGGACGAAGGUUCAAGUCUUACGUCGUAAGACUCUGCAGACGGAAUCGUCCACUCAAAACAUUCGUGUACAACGGAGAACAGGAAGUGCAGAAAAUGAGGCUCCACUUCCUACUAUUGCGUCCUGUAACAACGAAGUUCCUUGCGCGUCGGACGCAGUUGCGAUAAAGUACGAUAAACGUUACGGCAGACACGUCGUCGCCACUCGUAACAUUCGUCCAGGUGAAGUGGUCGCUGUCGAGCAGCCUUAUUCAUUGAUACUGAAGCAACACAAUAUGCAAACGCACUGCUCGAACUGCUUGAGGGUAUCGUGGGCGAAUAUACCGUGCAACCACUGCACUUAUGCCAUGUAUUGUUCGGAGGAGUGCAGGUAUACCGAGUGGAAAAAGUGCCACGAUGUGGAAUGCACCGUCUUCCCUCCUUUGUUGGAAUAUGACUUCUACAACAUCGAUUUCUUUAGCAUAAGGCUCGCCGUGCUCGCUCUGAGAGAAGCCGGCGGUAUGCAGGAACUGAAGACUAUGUUAAAAAAGAUCGACGAGUGUGACGAUCCACGAACAAAGGGUUUUUCUCGGGAUGGAAAGUUGCGCAGCGACAGGUAUAGCAGCGUGUACAGUCUCGUGACGAAUACCGAGAAGAGAGUCGUUCCCGAUCUCUUCAGGAGAUCUUUGGAUACUUGUUUCAUUCUGUACUUUUUGGCCACGCGCACUACGAUGUUCGGCGCGAAGCUGCCCGCCGAUUUAAAAGCGCUGGCGAGAAACGACGACGUUACAUUUUUCGGCGGUCUCGUCAUGAGGCACCAGCAGAUAAUUCCGUGCAACGUUCACACUUUCGGUGAGGAACAAGAUCUAGAUAAUGUAGAGCGUGGCUUAGCCGCCAUGCCGUUCUACAGUUUACUCAAUCACAGCUGCAGUCCAAAUGUGUUGAGGCAUUCGAGACCUAAGCACAUAGUGCUGUACGCUAUGUAUCCCAUCCGAAAGGGCGAGCAGCUGUUGGAUAAUUACGGACAACAUUACGCUAUCUUGUCGAGAGCGGAGAGGCAACAGAAGCUACUCAAACAGUAUUAUUUCACCUGUGAUUGCACACCUUGCCAGGAGAACUGGCCUUUCCACCACGAAUUGCAAUCGGUCAAGACUUUAGUGAAGAAGGAGGAAGACAGGGCCAAGAUAUACGAAGCGUUAAGGAAAUUUAAUACGUACGUCGAUCUAGCGAAAAACGAUGACAUUCAAGAUAAGUCUUACAUAAUUGAAGACUUGGUGAAGAUGGUGCAAGUGUUGCACGAUCAUGCGCCGAUGCCCUGCGAGGAAAUGAGCAAUGUGAUCGAGACGUUAAAACGGGUGUACGAUUUGAACGGGAAUAGGUUCGAGAUACCAAAAGUGUGGACGUAUCAGAAGUAAGGACGUGUUCCAUUAUAUAUCGUUCGAUAUAAAACGAUGUUAUUGUUACUGUUUUUACGUCAUUAAUAUAAGAGUCACGUUUUAUGGAGAUUUUAUGGAAGCUUCCUGAGGGAGUGAAAAAAGAGAGAUUAAUAUUUUCUUCCUUUUUAUAUACAUGAGAGAGAAUUUCUCAUUUUCUAGAAAAUAUUGUUUGAAGAAAUAUAUACAUAUAUUAAAAAUGUUUAUAAGAAUAACGUUAUAUUUAUUUAACUGUAACAUUUUUUAACAGCUGUAAUGUUUUAAAAAGAUUAAAGUUGCGACAAUAUACUGCGUGUUACAAGU